CCACUACUACAUUGAAAAGACUAAUCUUCUUUCUUGUUACCAUUAUCUAAUCCAUUCUGCGAGAUGGGAUGAAUGUCACCAAGAUGGCCCGCAAAAGGAUCUCCUCAUGCGAUCUGGGCUUCACAUCUGCUGAUUGCGGGUCAUGCAAGGUGAUUUGAUAACAUUUUCGUGCAACAUAACCUCGGAGCUUUUUUGAAGAUUUCAUAUAUAAUAAGGUCAAAUCAACAGAUAUUUUUUCUUCGGCAGCAUCUUUAUUUGCAUCUUCUCUACUCUAUUCAUCAGAUCUAUAUUUCAUUCCUCCUCACAGUCACUCAUUGUACCUGUAUUUUCACCAUGCAUAUGCAACAAUUCCUCGUCACGGCAGCCUGCCUCGCCACCACUACGCUUGCCAUUCCCUUAGAUGGUCGUGGUAGUUCUACUUCUCCUGCCAACGCAAAGGUUACUCUUGCAGAAGCAUUCACCUCCGGCGCUGGUAACAAAGACCCCAAAUCUACCACCAAUACCGGUGUUGGCAAAGGUACCGACACUUACAAAUGCUACUAUGGCGGUUGGCAAUCAUUCCCACCAUCUUCCAAGUGGGUGUCUUUUGAGGCUAUGUGGAAUAAUUCUAUCACGUACCUCAAGGAAUCAUGUGCCAGUACUGGCUCCUUUGGUUCUGGCGAUAGCCAAACACAGAUUAAUGACAUGUAUAACUCAAUCUUGACCGUCGCUACCGCUAGUUUGGUGGACCCAAGAUUUAUCUUCGCCACGAUCUUGCAGGAGAGCAGCGGAUGUGUCAAUAUUGACACCAGCACAAACCCUGACCCAAGUCAACCUGAUAACCCGUAUGUUCUGAUUUUUCCUAUUCAUUUCAACCUUAAACAAUUUAUUUGAUAAAGACCACUAACCAUAUUCCAGCGGCCUCAUGCAAUCCGUGGGCGGUGCAAAAUUCGUCGGAAACUCCGCAUCUGCAUCCUCUCAGGCUUCAUCCAUUCACCAAAUGAUUGUCGAUGGAACUCAAGGCACAAUCAAAGGUGAUGGUCUUGUCCAAGGCAUCAAUCAAUUCGGAAACAUUUACGAAGCUGCUAGAUACUACAACUCUGGGGAGGUCGACAAAAGCAAUUUGAAUGAUGCCGAGGGAGCUACUGCAAGCUAUGUUAACGAUAUCGCGAACAGAAUGACGGGAUGGUUGAAUGCAGAACAAACUUUCGAUUCUUGUUAGAUAUAGAUGGAGUUGAGUUUUGGAAUGGGGUGUGGAGUAAUUUUGGGUAUGAGGGUAUGCGGAAGAUGCAAGAGAUGAAGUGGAACUGUAUGAGGGGUCAUUGUGCUUUGAGUUGUGUGGUAUAAUUUGUGCUUUGGAAUUGAUCUGUACUUGGAGCUGGAGAACUUCACAUUUGUAAACUUUUAGGGAAAUUAAUUCAUUAAAAU